UUUUUUGAUGACUGUACUUUUGGAUGAAUGCAACUUCCUCUUAUGCUGAUUGAUAAUAUUCUAUUCACUCACUCUGCGACACUUCUCUAGUGAACGCUAUGGAGGAAUCGUCUAUGUCAUAAAUAGAUAGAGGGGCCUUCGAAAAUCUAUACUUAAAAAAACCUUCAAUGGACUGUAGGCUGCUGCGCUGCACUGCACUUCCCGGACAAUACAAAGAUUCAACAGCUGGUUUGAAAAAUCUUGGACAGGUGUCUGAACCCUGGUAGGCCUCAGUAGGAAGGUGCCGGCUGACAGUUGCCCCAGGGAGUUUGUGGAGAGACUGUGGUCUGGAGAUUGUGGACUGCAGGGUUUUCUUCCUGGAGGGACCCACUUGCAUCUCGGUUCCAGAAUGGGCUGCAUCGGCUCCAAGGAGCAGGAGCCCAUCAACAAAGUGAUAAAUGAUGACUUUCUGAACAAGGCUCAGUCAUCCCAGUAUGUCAACGACCCCACAUCCCAGAACAAGGCGAACAAAACCAGCUACUCCAACCUCCCAGCCUGCACUGAUGGUCCAGACAGCAUUGUGAUUGCACUGUAUGACUAUGAUGCCAUGCAUGAAGGAGACCUGGACUUUAAAAAGGGUGACAGACUGAAAGUUCUUCAAGAGUCAGGGGAUUGGUGGAAAGCAAUGUCCAUCAGUACGGGAAAGGAGGGCUUCAUCCCCAGUAACUAUGUAGCUAAAGACAGUUUGGAGACCGAGGAGUGGUUCUUCAAAGGUAUCAGCAGGAAAGAUGCAGAGAGACAGCUCCUGGCCUCCGGAAAUUCUCUUGGGUCCUUCAUGAUCCGAGAAAGUGAAACCAGCAAAGGCAGUUACUCAUUGUCGGUGAGAGACAGAGAUCCUCAGGCUGGUGACAGGGUCAAGCAUUACAAGAUCCGCACCCUGGACGAUGGAGGAUUCUACUUUUCUCCCAGGAUCACCUUCAGCACCCUGCAGGACCUGGUCAGCCACUACCAGAAACAAGGCGAUGGGCUGUGCCAGGUCCUGACAGUCCCUUGCCUUAGCUCCAAACCGCAGAAGCCCUGGGAGAAGGAUGCGUGGGAGAUUCCUCGGGAAUCUCUGAUGUUGGAAAGACGUCUGGGAGCAGGGCAGUUUGGGGAGGUCUGGAUGGCCACAUAUAACCGCCACACAAAGGUGGCGGUGAAGACGAUGAAGCCAGGCAGUAUGUCCGUGGAAGCUUUCUUAGAUGAGGCCAACCUGAUGAAGAUGUUACAGCACGACAAGCUGGUGCGGCUGAAUGCCGUGGUAACCAAGGAGGAGCCCAUCUACAUCAUCACAGAAUUCAUGCAGAAUGGCAGUUUACUGGACUUCCUGAAGAGUGACGAGGGAACCCGUAUCCAGUUACCAAAGCUCAUAGACUUCUCUGCGCAGAUUGCUGAGGGAAUGGCAUACAUUGAGCAAAGGAAUUAUAUCCACAGAGACCUACGGGCUGCUAACAUUCUCGUCAACGAGAACUUGGCGUGUAAGAUCGCUGACUUCGGCCUGGCCCGCAUCAUCGAGGACGAUGAGUACACUGCUCGGGAAGGAGCAAAAUUCCCCAUCAAAUGGACUGCACCAGAGGCCCUCCAUUACGGCUGCUUCACCAUCAAGUCUGACGUGUGGUCCUUUGGCAUCCUGCUUACAGAGAUCAUCAGCUAUGGACGGACCCCAUAUCCAGGAAUGUCAAACACAGAGCUGAUUCGAUCCCUGGAGAGAGGCUAUCGCAUGCAGCGCCUGGACAGCUGUCCCCUGCCGCUUUAUGAUAUUAUGCUGAUGUGCUGGAAGAACAAGCCCGAGGACCGGCCCACUUUUGAAUACCUGCAAAGUGUGCUGGAAGACUUCUAUACAGCCACAGAGGCCCCUUACCAACAACAACAAUGACAUUGUGAUAUACACUGUCUCUGUCUGUCUCUGUCUCUCUCUCUCUCUCUCUCUCUCUCUCUCUCUCUCUCUCUCUCUUUCAGACAAACACACACACGUGCAUACACACACACACAGUCGAUUUCACAACAGAUGAAGACGUAUUGUACAGGCACAGGACUAGUAACACUUUAGUCCCUGGUUGUUACCACAUAUCUUUUUAUUUGUAUUGAAAUGAACAUGGUAAUAUGUAGGGAGGGGAAUACACAUACAGGUGAGCUUAUACUUAUAAUGAAACAUCAGACACAGGUACAGACACACACAAACCACACACUGUAAAUGCUGGUUUUGGUCAUUUAUCUUUUGGAAUUCCAUAUUAAUAUGAAUAUUUUUAGAUACGCCCUGUAUUUGAAAAUCAUAAUUUUCUCUUUAAAUCUUCUCCUUUUCAUACCUCAGACAAUUUUCUAUCUUUGCUACAUCAGACCUAAAUAUACGCAGCCUACAUUAGGCUCCUUAAUUCUGAUUUCACCAUGAAGGUGCCCAUCCAGGUUUAAGUCAAUGACGUGAAGAGAAAAGUGGCCUGGCGUGAGUCUGAGGACACUGGCCUCCUGUGUAUUAGCUUACUGAGGUUAGAUGAGGAUCAUUCUAAGAUGGUAGUUGCAGGAACAGCCAAGCAUAUGCUCUUGAUUAUUGAUAUUACAGUUCAGAGCUUCUUUGGUAAGGUCUACAAGGGGAGAAAAUAUACCUGCCUCUUUAAUUCAAGUUUUCGAUAAUAAAAAAAAAACAUCUCUUACAGUUUCCGAUCGUUAUUAUUGUUUUAUUAUCUAUCCAUAUAUGGUAAAUGAACGCAUUACAAUAAUUAGUUGAGCCAUGGUGUUCUGAAGUUCAUAUGAAUUAUUAAGGAAUUAAUAAUCACCACUUAAUAAUAAACGCAAUCCUUACCUUU